GUUGGCUCGGGAGUCCGUUGAAUAACAAUGAUGGUCUAGAUGAGAACAUGGAUGGCCACCACAGCAGAGGGGUCCACGACUUCAACUGCGACACCCCGUCCGUCCGCAUCACUCCCCUCAGGGGAACAUUCCACCAACAUCCCUCACACUCACGCUGGUCUGCCCAAGCGGAUGAUCCACUCGGUGGCAAGCAUGGUGAACCCCCAUGCCCAUCACUCUCUCACUCUCAACCCAGAGGACGAGGAGGACAGACAUGGAGUGAGUAGAAUGUCUCACCGGCCGACCACAGCUCCAGCACUGCGCGAGGACAUCCUACAGAGCUGGAAGAACUUCAACACUGAGAUGGCGUACACCCAGGACGUUGUCAGUAAGCUGGAGUUUGUUGGACGGAGCGGGACGUUGUGUGAUGUGCGAUACACGGCACACGAACACGGUGAAAUGCCUGAACUGCACACCAAGCAACAACUACAGGGUGUCCAGACAGAAGUUGCAGGACGAGAUGAGAACAAGCUUCUGCAGCAGACCCUGGAGGAGUUCUACCAGACAACGGACGCCUACUACCCCACCAGUCUUCCCGAGUACCGUUCAACACGUCACAGACCCUCACAGUGCAACAAGCCCAAGUCAGCCCCAGACCCCCACACAAGGAAGUCAUCGAGUCCCCCUCAGCUAGGUCGUCACUUCCUGCAGCAAGACAGGGAACCUGAAGUGGAAAGUGGCACCAACGUCAAGUUUAACAUGGUUGUCAAUCUCGUGGAUGCAGUGAGCGGCAACAUGUCCGCCCAUAAGGAGAGGGUGGUACCUCGACCUCAGCCAGGUUUCCGCCAGCCGUCAGCUACAGGUAUCCCAUCGACCCCUGCUGUGUCACGUCCUGCCACGUCAAGGUCAGGGAAGAGGCAGUCUCGACAGCACAGUCCAUCAGCUCGCACCAACACCCCAGUGUCAAGGUCACCUGAAUCUCAGAGCCUGUCAGAGGUCAAAGGUCUGCUGAUUGAUGAGCCAAAGUUGGAGGAGCCAGCGGGAGUCUGGUCUGCCGUCGAGGUCGGUGUCUGCCAUCGACUGGCGAGGGAAGAUAACUCCAAACACUGUCAGAUACAAGUUAGUAUUUGGUUCUUGUCAUUAGUUUGUUUUGUGGGAGUAAUGAUCAUUGAACUACCAAGAUGGGGCAGAACCAGGUUUGGAGGUCACACAUACAUGAAGACGUUGCAGCGACCAGGGUCAAUGAGGUCAGCCAGCGUCUCAUCAGCCAGAAGUCGACCAAAGACGGCACCCAUGCCAGCUAGACAGAAGGUGAAGGCUAAUAAUCAGACAGCUGCUGCCACACCACGUGAUGCCAGCUCCCGUGUUGCCCAGGCAGCCAGCCACAACACGGGCUCCGUCGACCAGCAGGCGCUCGACUCCAUGAUGGUCAUACAGCACCUGUUGGGGUCCAGCGACACGCCGCGAGGGUCAAUGGGUUCACUGUUCAACUUUGAUGAUGAGUUCUUCAAGAACAUCCGCAACUGUUCCCCUGGCUCCAACUCCCCUGCCCUGGAGUAUCUCAGCUUCAUCACCUCCCGACAGGGACACCAUCAUGUGG